AUGCUUGCUUGCAAAGUAGUUGCUGGAGGAGAACAAAUCAAGAAAAUUAACGAGCAACUGAAGGCAGGUAAGGAAAACGAACCCCAAAAAUCUAAAGAUUCUUUCAAGUCUGCAACUAAGGGGGAAGAAACUGUUUCUUCUGAAACAGAGCAAGUAAUAUCUAGGCCUAAAAUUACAUCUGAAGUAAUCUCUGAGGUUACUGUAAAUCUGAAAAAUAGAUUUAUUUUGGUAGGAACUGUGGAUGAGAUAGAGACCACUGAGUCUGGAAAAAUUGGUGUAUGGAGUGAGGAAUCUGCUAGAGAAGAAGAAGAAAGCGAACCCCUCGAGGACCUACUGAGAAAAGUGUCUGAUAGUUACAAUCCUAAAAAGAAAAAGGAUUUAGGAGUUAAAGUCCCUGGUACUGCUAGGGAAAACAAAAAGAGAAAUGCUGCCUCUUCUAUCCCAGUAGAUACUCCUCCUACAAGAGGAAGUACUACAAGGAGUCAGAAGAAGCAUAGUGAGGCUGAACUGGAAAAGGCCCUAGAAGAAAGUAAGAGAAAAGCUGCUGCAAAGGGAAAGAAGAAGGUGGUUGAGCCUGUUGAGGCAGUUGAAAUUGAGGAGAUGGACCUGGUUCUUCGUGAUGAAGAGGAGACAGAAGAAAUUGAGGUUGUGACUCUAAAGGCAAAGAAGUCUGUUUCAAAGACAAAGUCACCCUCUACCUUGGCUAAAAGAACUAGGUCUGCCUUGAAGUCCAGAAAAGUGAAAGUAGUGGAAGAAGAAGAAGGGAGUGAAGAAGAAUAA